AUGGAGGAGAGCAAGGUUCAAAGCGCGCGAGAAUGGCCAAUGUGGCGCAAAGUAGCGACAGUCUUUGUCGUCGCGAGUUUCUCCUUCUUCGCAACUUUCGCCGCAUCUAUCAUCGCUCCGGGACGACCGCAGAUCGAAUCAGAAUUGCGCGUCUCAAGGACGGUGUCCAUCAUACCCUUCUCAUUGUUCAACCUCGGUCUCGGGUGGGGCACUGUGGUGAGCUCACCCGUGAGCGAAAGUUACGGACGCCGUCGAGUAUAUACAGUCGCAAUGCUGGGACUGCUGGUCUUUGUCAUGGCCACCGGAUUCUCUCAUGGUCUGGCCAGUCUCUUGGUCACGCGUCUGCUGGGCGGCUUUUUCGGUAGCCCGGGUGCUACGUUGGCCUCUGCGACAAUAUCAGACAUGUUUGAGCCCGGGCGGGCUCGCGGAAUGGCGCUGUUCUGUUACUACUCUAUGCCGUGGCUGGGAUCAGUCCUCGGGCCGCUCAUUGGUGCUGUCGUGGUCGCAUAUUAUGAUUGGGAGUGGACGCAAUGGGUCUACCUUUUCAUUGCGGUUCCUGUCGUCCUACCCGGCCUGCUAUUCAUCCGCGAAUCCAAACAGAGCGUGUUGGAGGCCAAGGCUGCAGACGACACCUCUUUCAAGGACCGUCUGAAGCCACAACUUCUCGCCAGAGGCUGUGUAUCCUUCGUCAAAGAACUCCCCGAGUUCAUGUCCACGUCUCUGCUGCGUCCGUUGGAGAUGCUUUUCACGGAGCUGAUUGUGGGGCUUGUCUGCGCCUUUGCUGGAUUCAAUUUCGGCCUCAUUUACGCCCUGGUCAUCGUGUUGCCCGAUGUCUUCAAAUCCACAUACGGUUUCGACACCAUCGAUCAAGGGCUGGCCUUUCUUGGUCUCAUUGUCGGCUGCAUUUUGGGACCGGCAUGCCUGCUGGUGGACAACGAGAUUGUCGUGAGACAAGCGGCUCGCGUGGAGGAAGCCGGAGAGACGCCAUCGCCCGAGACCAGGCUUCACGGUGCCAUGUUCGGAUCGAUUCUUCUGCCAAUUGGGCUGUUCUGGUUUGCUUGGACUGCACGGCCUUCCAUCUCGUACCUGUCGCCAAUCUUCGCGACAGUGCUCAUCACGCUGGGUGCAUUGACAAUCUACGUGUCAAGCUCGGCAUACCUCAUCGAUGUGUACGGCCCAAAGUAUGGAGCAUCGGCGAAUGGAGCAACGUCGAUUGCGAGGUAUACAAUGGCAGCCAUCGUGCCACUGUUCAUACUGCAGAUGUACGACGGGCUGGGCACGGGGUGGGCAACAAGCUUGCUGGGGUUCUGCGCGCUCGCUUUGAUGCCGAUUCCUUUCUGUUUCUAUUGGUGGGGCCCUGCUCUACGAAGCCGCUGCAAAUUUCAGACAGAGCAGUGA